AUGUCAGUAAGUAUUGCUGCAAUAUCGUCAGAGGAUGUGCAUUUGAUCACUUCGGGUCAGGUUAUAACUGAUUUGGUUACUGCAGUUAAGGAGUUGGUUGACAACAGCUUGGAUGCGGGUGCAACCACUAUUGAUUUAACAUUCAAGAACUAUGGUUUAGAGUUUAUUGAAUGUGCUGAUAAUGGCGAUGGUAUAUCUGAAGAUAACUUUGAAUAUUUGGCUCUCAAACAUCAUACUUCCAAGAUUAAAGAUUUUGAAGAUGUUUCUUGCAUCACAACUUUUGGUUUCAGAGGUGAAGCGUUAUCCUCACUCUGUGCAAUGGCCAGUCUAACCGUAAUAACUACUCAAAAGGGUCCUAAAGCUUAUAAACUUGAGUUUGCUUCUAAUGGCGCUUUGAAGAAGAAGACCGUCAUAUCAAGGAAUAAAGGAACGACUGUUCAAUUGAAGCACUUAUUUAACCAUUUGCCGGUAAGGAAAAAAGAAUUCGUUAAGAACUGUAGAAGACAGUUUACAAAGUGUAUAACGUUGUUGCAAAGCUAUGCGAUUAUUAGCACUAACUGCAAGAUAUCUGUAUGGAAUCACACAACUAGUGGAAACAAAAAAUCCUUGAUAUUAUCCACUCCUGCUAAUAGCGAUAUGUCUAAAAACAUUGUAGCAGUAUUUGGCUCUGAUGGUUUGCAUGGAACACAGCUAAUAUCCUUGGACUUGGAUCUUAAUGAGUACAAAGACCUUAUGGUUCGAAAGUACCAAGAUGACCCGGAUUGGAUGAAUACUGACUAUAAAAUAUCCAUAACUGGAUAUAUUUCCAAACCAUCUUGUGGAUGCGGUCGCUUAUCCAAAGACAGGCAAUUCCUUUAUGUCAAUAAGAGACCGGUAGAGUAUCCUCAAUUACUAAAAUGUAUCAAUAUGACAUAUAGAAAUUUCAACAACGUACAAUAUCCUGUUGUAUUAUUAAAUUUUGAGCUAUCGCCAGAGAUGGUUGAUGUUAAUGUUACUCCAGAUAAAAGGACGGUAAUGCUUCAUAAUGAGGAAUAUGUUAUAACAUGCUUAGCUACUACAUUGGAUAAGCAUUUCAAUUCCCAAGAACUAGAACUGCCGAAAUCUGGUUUAAUAAACUCUCAACCUGAUGAAGGUUUGGAACCAGCAUAUAAGAAAUUAAAAAUUGAGUUGGAAAAGUCUAUUCAAAACACGGACGAGGAGGAGCAAGAAACUUUUGCUCCCGUUGCUCCCGUUGAAACUGCUAGCCACGAGUAUGCCGUUGAAGCUACGCAUGAUAAUAGCAGCAAACAUGAUGAUGAACUAAAAGAUAUUGAAUCUGCCAAUGGGAACAUCAACAGAUCUCAAAAUAUGGAAUUAGAUCAUUCACCUGUAGCUAUGCAAGAUAUAAGCGAAGAUAAUGAUGAUAAUAAAGCAGAUAAGGAGGAUCGAUCAAUCAUGCAAGAAAAUAGUCAUCCACUCAAAUCGGGUGAAGCUAUAUUAGAUUCUUACAUCCAUACACAAGAGGAGCCUUAUAAUUCAGGAUCAAAAAACAACAGCGAACAAACAGAGCCAUUGAUUAUUCGUAUUGGUGAUGUUGAAAUUCUGGAAUCCACGAAGAGAAGUAAAGAUAACAAUUUACUAUUUAUAAAUAACGCUGGAAAUGCUGAGGAGGAUAUUGAAGUGCACGCAGAAUCCGGACAGGAAUCAAUUGUUACAAAUGACGGUGAGGCCAUUUCCGACACAUAUAACGAAUCUAGUGAUGAGAUAUUACCAUUAAAAAAUAGGCGGCUAGAAAUCCAGCCUAAAGAGAGUAGCCCCAAUGUAAUUUCAUCAGAACGAAAAGAAUUAAGCUCACUUUCCAAAUCACAUACGCAUAAUUUAGAAACUGCAGCCACUAUUGAACUUCAACUACUAAAACGAAGUUUAGAGAAAAUAGACUCACUACUACAGUCUCCAGACCAUACAACCAGUUUUUUGAAGAACGAAACAUUUGAAGAUGUCUUAAAUGCUGAACGGUUCCUAACAUUAUCUGUCUGUAAAAAGGACUUUAAGAAAAUGAAAGUAGUAGGCCAGUUCAAUCUAGGUUUCAUUAUUGUAACACGUCGAUUGCAGGGAAAGCAUGAUCUCUUCAUAGUUGACCAGCAUGCUAGUGAUGAAAAGUAUAAUUUUGAGACUCUCAAAAAUACUACAACAUUUAAAUCACAACUUCUACUAAAGCCUGAGCCGAUAGAAAUGAGUGUCAUCGAUGAACUUAUUGUAAUUGAUAACUUGGAAGUAUUUAACCGUAAUGGGUUCAAGUUCAAAAUUAAUGAGACUCGCGCUCAAGGUAGUAGGGUUGAAUUAAUUAGCUUCCCAACAUCAAAGCGUACGCAAUUUGAUUUAAAUGAUUUCCAUGAAAUACUACGCCUAUUAAAGGAGUAUGAUGGUAUAAACAGGAAUAGUAUAAAAUGCUCCAAAAUUAGGGCGAUGUUUGCGAUGAGGGCAUGUAGAAUGAGUAUCAUGAUUGGUAAACCAUUAUCAUUAAAGACAAUGACCUCUGUUGUUCGCAAUCUAGGCGAGCUUGAAAAACCCUGGAACUGUCCUCACGGCAGACCAACACUAAGACACCUUAUGGAAUUAAAAGACUGGAAAUCAUUUCAGGAUGACUAUCAACUAUGA